AUGUUAAUCGUUUCAUCAGAGUUUGCAACACCUCCCGGCUUCAGAUUUCUACCCACCAAAGAAGAGAUUUUCGUCUACUACCUCCGACCAGCCAUCAAUGGAGAACCAUUAUCUUGUAAUAUUUUGACUGAGGGUGAUAUUUAUGGAGAAAACAAAGAGCCUUGGAAUCUUUUCAACAAAGAUGAAAAAAAAUCUUUCUGGGUUUUCACCAAGUUGAAGAAAAAGAGUAAAUCGAGGAUUGAUAGGACUGCCGGAUGCGGAUGUUGGCUUGGCCGAAACACCAAAGAAGUAAGGAAUGCAAGUGGUCAGCUGUUAGGGUUGGACAAAUACUUCACGUUUACAUGCAAGAAAGAUAAGUCAAGCCAAGGCAAUGGCAACUGGAUUAUGCAUGAGUAUUCGUUAAUGGAUGAAGGUUUCAGUGAUUAUGUCAUUUGUGAGAUUAAGAAUAAAGAUGUUGCUGAUCGUGGAGAAGACGAAGAAGAACCCAAGAACAAGAAGCGUAAAUCGCUUGAGGUUAACGAUGAAGAGGCGUCAGCUUCAACUAUGAAGAGAGUUUUUGUUGAUCAUCAAGGGAAUCUAAACGAAAGACAUCCAGAACCUUAUGAUCCGAGCAGAAUGCAGACCAUGACCAGUAUCAUCCCUCUUGAUUUUGCUUAUACCUUUGGUCCUGAUGAGCUUCCAGGUGAAUAUGUUAAUACUUGCCUAAAUGUAGAUGACUACAUUAUUGAAGAGAUCAAAGAUGAAGCGAUUGCUGUUCCAAGUAUGGAGGAGGUAAACGGGGUGCAUACCAUGACCAGUACCAGCUUUCCUGAUUUUGCUGAUCACAUCGUUCCUGAAGAUCUUACGGGUGAAAAUACUGAUGCAUACCUGAACCUGGAUGGAUGGCCUGAUGUUGAUGAACUUCAGUCAUUUAAGUAG